AUGGACUACCAUCUCUAGAACAAGUCUUCACUUUGGACCUGAGGGGAUCAUUUCCGGACGCUCAGAUCUGAAUGCACCCCUCCUUUCACCAGACUCUGGACGGGGUAACACAGGCUACAGUGCGACCACCUGCAUUGGGAAACCGGCAAAGGCGGUGGCUGGUCAUAAAAAAACAAUAAGAAGCGGAGGGAGAACCUGAGCAUCUGUGCAGCCUCAGCAUCACAACAGAAGCCCCUCAGCUGCUCCCUGCCUGCCAGGCAUGUCGACCACCGGGGAAGUGCCACCCUUCUUCAGCAGCGUGGGCUCUGACAGCCCCGCCAGGCCCAGGCAGAAAUUCUGUGGCGUGUUCUGCCCGGUGGAAGGAUCCUCCGACAGCAAGACGCUGGACUUUGACGCGCUGUCGGCGUGUAGGGGAAGGAGUGAGGGGCGAGUCAUUGACCGGCAGACCGACAUCUCCCAGCCGAGGAAGGUGGAAAUCAGGGAAAGCACCGGCAAGGAAGCCCUGCAGAACCUGGACGAUAAAAGGAGCGACCGUCUCCUGAUCAAAGGGGCUAAGAUUGUGAACGAUGACCAGUCCUUCUGUGCUGACAUCUACAUGGAGGAUGGAGUCAUUAAACAAAUCGGGGAAAACCUCAUCGUACCAGGCGGGGUGAAAACUAUCGAUGCCCACGGCCGCAUGUUGAUGCCAGGCGGCAUCGAUGUGCACACGCGUUUCCAGAUGCCGGACCGAGGCAUGACGUCUGCAGAUGAUUUUUACCAGGGCACCAAAGCAGCGCUGGCAGGAGGCACCACCAUGAUCAUGGACCAUGUGGUGCCCGAGCCUGGAGUGAGUCUCAUCUCGGCCUUUGAGCAGUGGCGUGAAUGGGCCGACAGUAAGUCCUGCUGCGACUACUCGCUGCACGUUGACAUCACCGAGUGGCACAGAGGCAUCCAGGAAGAGAUGGAGAUGCUGGUCAAGGAUCAUGGUGUCAACUCCUUCCUGGUUUAUCUGGUUUAUAAGGAUAUUUUCCAGCUCACGGACUCUCAGGUGUACGAGGUGUUCAGUGUGAUCCGAGAUCUGGGAGCCAUCGCCCAGGUUCACGCUGAGAACGGCGACAUCGUAGCUGAGGAGCAGCGUCGGAUCCUGGAGCAGGGCAUCACGGGGCCUGAGGGCCAUGUCCUGAGCCGCCCUGAGGAGGUGGAGGCCGAGGCUGUGAACCGCUCCGUGACGGUGGCCAAUCAGACCAACUGUCCUCUCUACGUUACCAAGGUGAUGAGCAAGAGCGCCGCUGAUGUCAUCGCUCAGGCCAGGAAGAAAGGCACUGUGGUCUAUGGAGAGCCGAUCACUGCAAGUCUGGGAACAGAUGGUUCACACUACUGGAGUAAGAACUGGGCCAAAGCAGCCGCCUACGUCACCUCCCCCCCUCUGAGCCCCGACCCCACCACCCCAGACUAUCUCAACUCCCUGCUCUCCUGUGGCGACCUGCAGGUGACAGGAAGUGCACACUGUCCGUUCAACACGGCCCAACGCGCCGUGGGAAAAGAUGACUUCAGCCUGAUCCCUGAAGGGGUCAACGGCACCGAGGAGAGGAUGUCCAUCAUCUGGGACAAGUGUGUGGUCACUGGUAAGAUGGAUGAAAACCAGUUUGUGGCGGUGACGAGCACCAACGCCGCCAAGAUCUACAACAUGUAUCCCCGCAAGGGUCGCAUCGCCGUGGGUUCAGACGCCGACCUGGUGCUGUGGGACCCCGAGGUCACAAAGAUCAUCUCUGCCAAGAGCCACAACUCGACCGUGGAGUACAACAUCUUUGAGGGUACAGAGGUACGCGGUGGUCCACUGGUGGUCAUCAGCCAGGGGAAGAUCGUCCUGGAGGAAGGGAACCUCCACGCCACUGAGGGCUCAGGACGCUACAUCGCCCGUAAACCUUUCCCUGACUACGUCUACAAGAGGAUAAAAGCUCGCAGCAGGCUGGCUGAGCUCAGGGGCGUGCCCAGAGGAUUGUAUGAUGGCCCGGUGUGCGAGGUGUCCGUCACCCCUAAAACCAUGACCCCUGCCUCCUCAGCUAAGACCUCCCCGGCCAAGCAGGUGAACCAGCCGGUCCGCAACCUGCACCAGUCCGGCUUCAGCCUAUCCGGGGCCCAGAUUGACGAUAACAUCCCCCGUCGUAACACCCAGCGCAUUGUGGCGCCCCCGGGUGGCAGGGCCAACAUCACCAGCCUGGGUUAGAGCCCCCGUCGUCGGCUGCUGAGGAGGAAUCGAGGGUCAGAGGAGGGACGGCCGCCGGGAGCCGAGGGCUUCGAAGACCUCAACGUGACACCAGGGGGGGCGGGUGGGAGCUGAACCCUCCACCUGCCUCCUUCACCUCACCUCACCUGACGGGGCCGUCCACCCAUCCAACCAUCCUCCUCCUCCUCUUCCUCCUUCAAUGCUUUUUCACGUUCCCACUCUCCCCCUCCCCAAGACCCUUAAGGACAGUUAGAAAGAAAAAAAAAACAAAAAAAAAAGUCUGCCUCAUGGUGAAAAAAGAGAAAACACUUCUUAUUUGAGCACUUUUGACUGCAUUGUUUAGUUUUUUUAUACUGUUUUUCCUCCCUGCCAUGUAACCGUUUAAUGAUUGUUUUACUGAGGGGUCGAAAUGAAUUAAUGCGGUUCAUUUUAACACAACUGUUCUUUUCUUUUUGGGAGUAGCAUGGGUACAAAAACAGUAUCUUUCUUCCUUUUUCCAUUGAAACAGGUAAAACAGUAGGUUGUUUUCAAUUUAACAUGAGUUUAUCCACCGGCCACAGUUCAGUGAUCAGUAUCCUAUUGAUUCACUGCCAUGUGGCCUUGGGAUUUGACAAAUUGAGCAGCAAAGCGACCUAUUAUUUGGCGAAUGCGUACUUAAAUCGACGUCUCUCUGCACUGGCUCUCAUCUCAUGUUUUCCCACCUGUGGCUUUUCCAAGGUACAUGAGUAUAAAACCAUAUUUUGUAUUUGGCAGCUGCCUUCCAGCUUUGUGAGCCGGCGGGAACAGUCCUGUUGAGCAGAGAAGGAGCUUUGGCAGGUAGUAAAUAGAGCUUUAUGCCUCAUUUUUGAGCGUUUGGUGGGAAAAGGUGACUCGGAGGAAAGAGAACAUUUUACUUGCUAACUUCUCCUUGCCUUAUCGCUCUUAACACCGUCCUUUUGUUGUUGUUGUUUUUUUUUUUACCAGACCGCACGCAGUAGGUGCCAUACACUACGCAGCUACAUACUUUUCCGUCUUAUUUGCAUUCCUGUAAAGCUCCCGUACUUCCUCCUCAACACCGUCCAUCGCCGAUCAGUGCAUUUACAUCCGAAUGUGACUGUUUUCUACUCAUCUGAAUCCCUCUUUCCUUUCUGCUCUUUACGUGCCUGAACCCACUGAAGUUGUACUGAUAUAGUUUGGUUGUCAUUUUCUUAUUCUUAUUGAGGUAAGUGAAGGAUGUAAGAUAAAAAAAAAAAGAUGUAAAAUAGCCAGGAUUAACCGAUUCAAAGGUGCCAGAUUUUGCGCUUUCAAAGGGCCUACGCUUGUCGGUAGAGCCCGUGUAAAGACGAAAAAUGCUCGAUAUGUUGAAAUGUUCUAAUGUUUUAGAGUUUUAACUUGUUGUCAAACUGCUUUCUAGUGUCAUUCUGUAACUAGGUGCCUAUAAGGGCUGAGCACUAUUAAUUUUGCUUACGAGUACAGUAGACAUGAGCUCAUGUAUUUCUGACCAGUGUGCAGUGUUGAUGUGUGAGGGAUGGGACACACAGCAGGUUCCUGUGCCGCGCUUCUCUAAACCGAACCGGGCCAGGCUAAACGCUCAACAGCGCGUUUCUUCCCUCGAUCUGGUUUAAGUUAAGCCGCGCAACCGGUUUCCUGUUUUCACUCAUGUGUCAGCUGGAUGUUGGCUGCCGUUCACCGCCGUUCUGCAGACCUUUUUCUUCUCCAUGACUCAACACGGAGCAAUAAGCUCAUCCUGACAUAAACACAGCCAGGGGCCCGCUACACCAAGAGAUUGUAAGAUUAGCUUCUAGACUUUAGCCUGGAAUAGAAUAUAACCUGAUUCUGCCUCAAAAAUAAAGGCUUACAUGUUCACUUUCCGAACCAAGGAUUGACUAUUUUAUUAGAGAAGGAUUUUAAUUUCAGUUUGGCUUUAAACUGGUGUAAUCCUAUUUAGAAAGAAUAGCCAGUUCAUUGUUUAAAACAAAAACAAUAACUUUUCUUCUAUUUCAUCGGCCUGAGGGCAAAAGUAGGAGUAAAAUGACUAAAGUGACAGUAAAAUUAAAGUAAAAAAGUUUGUGCCAAUACUUAUGGAAAGUGCAAAAA